UCUUAACUUUUUUUCACGUGUAUCAACAAUCUUUUUUUUUCCCGGAAGUAAAAUUAGUGGGAAGGAUCAACAACUCGUGAUGGCUUGAUGACUUCGUAGGAUCUGUUCUCACAUUAUGGAACUUCCUCAUUCCUGACUUUCUGUUUUCUAAUUUCGAUGGAUUCCCGGACAAUCUCUGAUCGUAGAAUGUCUGAAGAAUGGGUAAUCACAGUGACGGACGUUUACGACCAAGCGGCGGGCAUAGCGCAAGAAUUUGACAAACUAAUUACAGUCUACGGUAAUGACUCAGUGACUGACCUUAUGCCAAAAGUGAUCAAAGCUUUGGAGCAGCUUGAACUAUUGGCGAGUCGAUACGAACAUGAGAACGAAGAGAUUAGUCAGUUAAAACUUGUGGUUGAGAAGCUUCAGGCUGAGAAACUGGAAAGAGCGCAAGAGAGGGCAAGAUUUGAACAGGAGCUAGAGCAGAUUGAGGAGAACUGGCAGAGCGAGGUGAAGUCUUUGCUGUGGGACAUCAGCAAGCUACAGGAUGCGAACAAGAAGCUCAACGACCACCUGCAUGACACGAAGCAGGCCAUCGUCGAGGAGGUCGUCCAGGUCCACAAACGAACAGAACAAGAAGAAAUACGGGUUCUCACCAAGCUGAAGGAGACUGUUGACAAACAGCGCAAUGAUCUCAGAACCGUGAAGAGAGAAAUGAAACAGAAGACCGCAGACUGUGAUGCUCUUUCAGAACAAUUAGAUAGAAUUGCAAAAGUAAAUGCGGAGCUGCGACGGAAAAACAAUAUACAUAAGAAACAGGCAAAAGCUCUGAUUGAAGAGCGGGCAGACAUAGAGGUUCAACUGAAAGAAAAGGACAUACAGGUUGUCCGCAUAAAGGAAAUGUUGACGCAGCAGGAGAACUAUGAUGCCGAGAAACUGGCUCAAGAGGUCCGCAGAAAACGAUCCCAAUCAAAAGGAGAUGAUGAAGAUGAGGUUGAUUUUACUGAUAUGAAUCAAAGACUUCAUCUGGAGGGCAAAAUGAUAAUUGAUUUAGCUGACCCCGACCGACCCCGCUUUACGAUGCAAGAAUUGCGGCAGGUUCUCCUGGAACGAAACGAACUGAAGACAAAACUCAUAGAAGUUGAGGAGGAGUUAAAUACAUACAAACCAAAAAUUGUCUCAAAACCGCCCGAGGAAGGGGCCGAACCGCUUGACCCAAAUGAUGAAAUGUCAUCCUACCGAGGUGAGGAAGUGCUUGUUUUCGGACCAAUUAACCGUGAACCAGAUGAAAAACUAUCUGGUCGAAAAGAGGGAGGCGUAAGAAAAUUCUUUCAGCAGUUGCUGGAUAACAUUAAUCUACCACAGCUGGAUAUAUAGUGUUAGUUUCAGUUUCUUAUUUGGAGAUGGAUCACCCAAGCCCCAAAGACAAAACACAGCUCAGAGAAAGCGCAGUUCAACAGUCGCCCAAUGACAUUGUAACCACAGAGAUUUUACUUUGUGACAGGAUGUAUUUUUUUUUCCAUUUUCUGUGGCAGUGUGGGAGAAAAAGAAACGACAUUGUAUAGCAUAUCAAUACUUACAUGGGACCAAUACCAUGCGUAGUCUUAUAACAAUAAUAUAUGAUAUAAUAUAGAUCAUGUCAAGAAGAUAUAUAAAUAUAUUUAUUGUAUUAAUUUAGUCUUAUUUUGACAAAGAUUAGGAGAGAUGUUAUCUUCAUUCCAGAAUUUAUAUAAUGGCCGUCUAUACAUUAUUCACAUUAAAAGGUGAUGUCUCUUGUACGAUUUAACCAAUCACCUGAGAAAUUACGGAAAGUGAAUAAUUGCUCACAACUUUCUAAUUUAAAAAGUGUGCACCUUAUAAAUACAUACCUUUUGCUUUUGUUAAUAAAUACAAAAUACUCCAAAAAGCAAUUUAUAUUUUGUUUUGAAAACAGUACAUUAAUUUACACCAACAACUAAUGAAUCUUAUACAGAGUUCGUAGCAGUCUUUAAAUUCCUUGAAAGCCUGAAUUUGAAAAAAAUAUUUGAGUUGUAAUAAAAGUCUUUAAAUUCUCACAAAUCACAGCCAAAGCAAUGAUGUUAUCUUUUACAGCUGCAUACAUUUGAUAUUUUCCAGUUACAAGGUUUAAUCUGUCAUGAUACAUGUAAAAAAGCUAAAAAAAAAUUGUCAUGGAUAGCAACAUAAACAAACUGAUUUGGUAUUUUUAUC